AUGGCUCUACCUCGAGCUGUACCCGCAGCGCUGGGCGUUGUUGCCGUGGUGGCGACGACCGCUCUGCUGGUCGUUCACAUCAUUAUUGCUCAGUCAACGUCAAGCCUGUCCAUGCCGACGCCAGUCACGGCUACCUCAAUAGUAGCGUCGGUAUUUGAGGCUUGUGUUCUUUUAGUUGUCUGUUGGCUUUCUUCACUCUACAUUCACGUCAGGAGUAAGGAUCCAUUCGAGGCACACAACCUCUUGUGGUUUGGUAUCGUUGCAACGCUGGUCACGGUCUCGGCAGCAGUGUCAGCGGUGACAAUGACGAGCCUUCGGAACGCAACCUCCUUUCUGUCAACCGGUAUUCUCGGAUCCGAUCCCAAGUCGUUGGUGAUUGGCAGCUCAGUCGUCCUUGGAAUCACUUUCAUAGCACAGUUCGUGUUUCUCAUAGUGCAUUUUUUCGUUGUUAAGGUUUACGGCAUCACAUACGGUUCCGACGUUGAAGCUGGUGGUCGUCGAUCAGCCAUGGCCCAGGUCAAGUCAAUUCCUUACAGUCAGACCAGCCCAGCUCCUUCCCGGGUGCGAGGCGGCUCCGUCAGCUCCAGGACCCCUCCUGGAUCGAGCGGCGGCCGCUCUACUGCCGAAACAAUGUGCUCAAUUCGCUCGUCUUUGUCGCAUGCUGUUAGGCCAACCACCUCUAGGACACGACUGCUGUCCAGCAGCCAACGAUCGAGUCGCCGCCCGGAGUCACUCGACUUGCAUGCGAUCAAGGACAGGUCGGGUACCAACGAAGACUCCUUCGACACCUGGGACAUAUCGGUAGUCGACCAACAGAAUCGUCAUCUGUCGCUGCAAACCACAGGCAGCAUCAAAGGUGGCCACUUCCUCGAGACCAUACCCGCGAGCCCCACCAUAAGCCGGAGUUCAAGUCCUGGUACCCCAGCAGACCUGGAGCCUCCACGCCGCCCUCGCAGGGCCCGCAGCUUCAGCCCCAUGUCAGAGCAUGGCCGGCUGUCCGCAGGACUCACACAACACUUCAACGCUAGCGAGUCGCAUAUUCACCCUCUAUUCCGCUCCGAUUCGCCGACACCUCCUCCGAUCGCCAAGCCCGGUACUGUCGUUACUGCGGCACCAAACGCCGGACAGCUCGUGGCGCCCAGUGUCCAGGGAAUCCGGAGGAUGCGCAGCGGCAGCUUGCCCCAAGUACCAAGUCCUCUUAGUCAACAUGGCAGCUUUGAGGAGUUUUCUCGCGCAAUGCAGCGAGACUCCCUUCGUGAGGAAGAUGAAGAGGAUGAAGAGGAGCAGGCAGAGGAUGACAAAACAUCCCAGCCAAGCUCACCAGAAGCGGAAGAUGGAAAGUUGACGCCGCCAAUCCCCGAUUGGAUCAUGACGGCUGGAGCCAGGACCUCACUUUACGGCUACAACAGCAGGAGGGCUAGCAGUAGGAGGACACAAAGCAGGGGCAAAGAUGAGGAGGCACGUAACGCUGCUAAGAAGUUGCCCGUCAUGAAGGUCACUUUCAAGGACCUCAAACAGCAAAAGUUCGUCAUCGACGUCGAACCGACCGACCUGAUCUCAGCAGUCAAGCAAAAGAUUUCGGAGGAGCGAGGAUGGGAUCCCAAGCUCCAGAAGCUGAUCUACUCAGGCAAAAUUCUCAAGGAUGAGGAUACGGUCGAGUCGUAUAAGAUUGAAGAGAAGGGAUUCGUUGUCUGCGUGGUCAACAAGCCGAAAGCUGCUCCUGCAUCUACCGCCGCCGCAUCCUCCAAUGCCUCUCCCGCGACGCCAGCUGCGGCCCCGGCAGCCACGCCGGCCGCGCCUCCGGCCCCUGCCCAGACGAGCAGCUCGGAGCCAGCGGUGCCCGCUACACCGACUCCGCAAAGAGCCGGAGAAGCUCAGGGUGGUGCCAACUUUAACGACCCCAACAUGCUCAGCACCGGCGCCGCGCGUGAUGAAGCCAUCGCCAACAUGGAGGCAAUGGGAUUCGAGCGCACCCAGAUCGAUGCUGCCAUGCGCGCCGCCUAUUUCAACCCCGACCGAGCUGUGGAGUAUCUUUUGAACGGCAUUCCUGAGAACCUGCGUCAAGCAACCCAACCCCCUGCGGCUCGUGCUGCCGGACAAUCGCCUGCCCCUGCCGCUGGUGCCGGCGCACCCGCUACAUCAGGCGAUGGCGAUGACGGUGGUGUCAACUUGUUCGAUCUCGCAGCACAAGCCAGCCGUGGGGGCGCAGGGAGCGGGGCGAGUCGCGCAGGCAGUGGGGGCAGUGCAGGCAACGCUGCGGCGGCUGCGGCCGCCGUGGCAGCCGCGGCCGGAGCAGGUGCUGGUGGCCAGUCGCUGGGCAACCUAGACUUCCUCCGGAACAACACACAAUUCCAGCAGCUCCGCCAGGUUGUCCAGCAGCAACCGCAGAUGCUCGAGCCUAUCCUGCAACAAUUGGGCGCUGGCAACCCCCAGCUUGCGCAACUCAUUGCAGCGAACCCAGAUCAGUUUCUCGCUCUACUGGGCGAGGAUGCAGAUGAGGAUGCACCGCUGCCGCCUGGCGCCCAAGCAAUCUCAGUCACCGAGGAGGAGCGUGAUGCUAUUGAGAGGCUUUGCCGUCUGGGAUUCGGCCGCGAACAAGCGAUUCAAGCCUAUUUUGCAUGCGACAAGAACGAGGAGCUUGCCGCCAACUUCCUCUUCGACCAGCCCGACGAUGACGAUCUUCCUCAGUAG